AUAUUUUUGUUCUUCAAGAAUUAGGGUUUGAGUUAAAAUGUUUUGAGAGCAGGUUCCUGGUCUUGCCAUUUUGUUAGGCCCCUUUUUUCCAGGGUUUCCGGAUAAAUGGGGAUUUUAUCCAUUUGAAUUAUCCUGGAAAAGUUGGUUUUUGGGUUAAUUUUGGUGGAUUUCCAGAGUUGGAGGGCAUCUAUUUGAGGUUUUUGAUGAUAAUUGUUUUCUCUGCAGUCUGUUAAGCAUGAAUUUUGGGUAGCUCUUCAAUUGGAUUAAUUUGGAAUUUUGGGGCACUAGUUGGAAACCACAAAAGGAUUUGGUUAAAUUUUUUUUGGUGGUGUCUGAAUUAUUGCUCAAAUCUCAGAAAUUACUGGAAUUUCUUUCAGGCUCCUGAAAUCUAUGUCAGAUGACCCUUUCUGGUAAUUCGACACUGAAUUAUUCGUUCAUUUAGAUGGGCGUGAAAAGGUUUGCCAUCACCAAUGAACAUUGAUUGAAGAGAGGAGAAGUUUGCUUGCCCACGAGUCAUAUGCGAAUGUGAAAUCAAUUGUGAUUUGGGCUUUGGGUUUUUGCGACACAAGAUACAAUUUUGACUUACGAGUUUCGAGGAUUUAUCCAAGGUGCAGUUGUGGCUGUAUGUUAUGAUCACUCGACAAUUGGGCAUUUUUCUGAGCUGAGUUAUGAGCUUGAAUAUGAACGAGUGAGAGUCUUUCUUAUACAUUAAUUUCUUUGGGCAUUCAAAAAGUUUGAGAAGAAGGUUUCACCUCUACACGGUGUGAUAGAGGUACAACUGCACAUAUUUUCCUUCUCAAAUGCAAGAAAUUGAGUUACUUGAACAGUUAUCACAGAGAUAAUUCUUUGGAUUUUGGUUGGCCUUCAGUAAAAAAACUAUGGGUUGGCAGCUCAAACCAGUGGCUUUGCUUUGGGUAGUUCUAAUAGUUCCAUGGGGUUCAACCAUGGCCAAUCCUGAUUUUGAAAAAUUCAGUGGGAGAAGUUUAUUGGAAGCUAAUUCUCGGAAGAGAAUUGGGACUGCACCUUCUAGGAACUUAGAGAGCCUUGUCAUCGAUGGGUCUGGUAGAGAGGCUGCAUUUAUUGAGUCAAAAGAUGAUAACCAUAUUUUUGAAGAAGGUAAAGCUCGAAAUAGCAGAGUUUCAGUGUCAACGGUUGCAUGGUUUACAUUGGCAAUGGCAGCUGCAACGGGAUUAGGGGCAGUGCCAUUCUUUUUUGUGGAGUUGGAACCUCAAUGGGCAGGUGUUUGCAAUGGGUUAGCAGCAGGGGUUAUGUUGGCUGCUAGUUUUGACCUUGUGCAGGAAGGACAGGUGUAUGGUGGUGGCAAUUGGGUUGUGUUUGGGAUCUUGAGUGGUGGAGUUUUCAUAUGGGUUUGCAAGAAGUUCCUUGAAGAAUAUGGGGAAGUAAGCAUGUUGGACAUAAAAGGCGCAGAUGCCAGAAAGGUUGUUCUUGUUAUCGGAAUAAUGACUCUUCAUUCUUUUGGCGAGGGCUCUGGUGUUGGGGUUUCCUUUGCUGGCUCCAAAGGGCUCUCUCAAGGUGUUCUUGUCACGUUGGCUAUUGCUGUUCACAACAUUCCUGAAGGAUUAGCUGUGAGUAUGGUUCUUGCAUCAAGAGGGGUUUCUCCACAGAAUGCGAUGUUGUGGAGUGUUAUUACUUCUUUACCUCAGCCUUUGGUAGCUGUGCCCUCCUUCAUCUGUGCUGAUGCAUUUCACAAAUUCCUGCCUUUCUGCACUGGCUUUGCUGCUGGAUGUAUGAUAUGGAUGGUAAUAGCAGAGGUCCUCCCUGAUGCUUUCAAGGAAGCUUCACCUUCCCAAGUUGCGUCAGCUGCUACACUGGCCGUGGCAUUCAUGGAAACACUCAGCACAGUUCUGCAAUCAUUUGGCCAUGGUUACAGCUCAGAGCAUGCCUCAGGAUUUCUCGUCUCCCUGCUCUUUGGCCUCGGCCCCUUCCUUGGGGGGGCCACCCUCGUCGCCCUUGCCACUGCCCUUCGUCUCCAACACUCCCUCCUCUCCGCCUUCUCCUCGGGCAUCGCCUUCAUCCUCGCCUCAUGGCGCCCCCUCCAACUCCUCUUCUCCUCCAAGCUCUCUCUCCUCCCUACUCUAUCUCUCCUUGCCCUAGGCUCUACUCUCUCUCACACGUCAACCACCUCUCUCCGAUUAGUUCAACGCAAAGCCUCUCUAAAUGCACUAAACGCCCCUACCCUCUCUCUACCCUUAAGUGCCCCUACAUUACAAGCUUUUUUGGCUUCCUGCACUAUAGCCCUUCAUGCUCUAGCUGAAGGCUUAGCUUUGGGGGUCGCUGCCCCUAAAGCCUAUGGUUUAGGGCGCCAUAUGCUAUUGCCUGCAUCUCUUCAUGGAUUACCGAGAGGAAUGGCGGUCGCGAGCUGCGUGUUUGGGGCCACUGAUGGGUGGAGAAUUGCGCUUUUAGCUUCAGCUUUGGCUGGUUUGGCUGGACCUAUAUCGGCUAUUGGGGCCAUUGUGUCAGGGAUCGGGUAUGAGGGGUUGGACUUGUUUAUGGUAUUUGCAUGUGGAUGGUUGGUUCCAAGUUUUUGGGGAGUUCUCAGUCGUGCAUGGAGGGUGGAUAGUAGGAGGACAGUGUUUGGUUUGGGGUUGGGGGCUGUGUUUGCGAUUUUGUGUCUUGCAAGCACAAGGCUUGUUUGCUUACACACGCCGUACUGUGACUCGGCGCCGGAGGCUGUGACAUAGAUAGAGAAUGCUCAUGUGUGCAGACGGGGCUUUGCGUGUCUAUAAUAAGUGUGGACUGUGGGGGCGAUGAUAGGCUUUUAGUUCACUGUAAUGGUUACAGUAUGAAUCAUGAUAACAUGGUCCCUUAGGAAGAGAAAUUUUCAAUUUUUUCAUAAUUUCCAGGUGAGAAUUUUACUUGAGAUGAGUAUACAAUAAGACCGUUCACCUUUGGGGCAAAAAGUUUGCAAUCACCUUUGAUCAUCAGAUGUGAAAAUGGGUGGAUGGGGGUGUCUUAUUGAUGGUGCUCGAAGAUAGCGAACUUUUCCACCGAACCUUUUGUGGAGGAAUGGCACAUAAGCUGUUUGAUUUUACAUCUGAUGGUUAAGGGUUUAUGUGACUUAUCAAAGGGGAUGUUUUUACUGUGUCCAUUACCUUCUCUAUUUGGCUUAUGAAAGGGUAAUGGUCGCACACUAUCUACAUUUCCUUUGUUUAUACACUACUAUGAAUAGUGAUAACACUGUGCCUAUGGAAUUUGUAAAUUUAUGGGGAGAAAUACAAAAACAUGGAGCAA